AUGGAGAUUCUUAAUGGUGAAGCUCCCAGUGCAUUUGAUCUGGGGACAAGAUUUCAGUCAUUGUGGAAACAGUUUAUACCUAUGUGCUUCAGCCAUAUUCAACCCAGAUCACUCAAUCAGAGAAAACAGUUUGUGGUGUCUGAGGCCAACCAUUAUUUGUACACUCCCUAUCCAACAAAGACACAAACAAUGCAUGUGAAGUUUGCCUCCCAAAAUGUUAAGAGGUACACCAAGCUGGGGAACUCCACAUGGUUUGGAAACCUCCUAGAUUAUGGACCUUUUAGAGAUUCCCCUGCCUAUAGUCAGGAUGCUAUUCAAGUACAUUAUGCGAGCAACAGCCCUUUCCUUACUAUCACCAGCAUGAUGCAAGUCAUUAAGGUUUCUCACUGGGAUAAUAUUGCUGCAGAAGCAAAUGUGGACUUGAAGCACACCAAGCUGUACUUGGGGCCUUUUCCACACUAUGAUGACCAGAGACAGCCAGAGAGCGGUUUAUCCUCCAUUUGUUCUUUUAAGACCAUCCUCCCUGCUGAUGGCCAGGAUGUUAUUACCAGGAUGAGAUUGGCAUUGUUUUCGUUAGCCACUUCCUUAUUGUGGAUUACUCCAUGGAGAUGGAAAUAUAGCCUUGCUUCCCUCUUUUGUUGGGUGAAAGACCCAUUACAUUGA